CCUUCAGUCUUGCACAGGUGUGCCGGCUCCUCCCCUUCAGUCUUGCACAGGCGUACUGGACUCCUCCCCUUCAGUCGUGCACGGGCCUACCGCACUCCUCCCCUUCAGUCUUGCGCAGGUGUACCUGCUCCUCCCCUUCAGUCUUGCACAGGUGUACCUGCUCCUCCCCUUCAGUGUACCUGCUCCUCCCCUUCAGUCUUGCACAGGUGUACCGGCUCCUCCCCUUCAGUCUUGCACAGGUGUACCUGCUCCUCCCUUUCAGUCUUGCACAGGUGUACCGGCUCUCCCCUUCAGUCUUGCACAGGCGUACCGGACUCCUCCCCUUCAGUCUUGCACAGGCGUACCGGACUCCUCCCCUUCAGUCUUGUCCUCUCUUGGACUGAAAUUACUUACUCUGAUUUCACUCCAAUGUGC